AUGAGUGGUACUGAAAUUACCUCUGCUUCGUCGGUCGGAGACCAUGACAAUAGGAAAGGGACCGAGUUUAUCAAGGUGCAGAAUGAGGAUGAGCUACGGUUGGCCCAGAUGGGUCUCGGCUUGGGUUUAAUGACUGCGAUUAAUGCAGGUGGCCCUGGCGCCCUGAUAUAUGGCUUCAUCCUCGUUUUCAUCCUUCAAUGUUUCGUCGGCGCUUCCCUCGCAGAAUUUGUAUCGGCAUACCCCACAGAAGGAGGAAUGUAUCAUUGGAUUGCUGCCAUUGCUCCUAAACGUUAUAACAGUUUGCUCAGCUUUGCCACUGGCUGGUGCACUGUGUUCGGAUGGAUCUUCACGACUGCAUCAACCAAUUUGAUUUAUGCCACAACGGCCAUGGCACUGAUUGCGCUUUACCAUGAUGGCCUGGUCAUUCAACCCUGGAUGACUUUCGUCGCAUAUCAAAUCCUCAAUAUUGUGACUGCGGGUGUGGUUAUGUUCGGAAAUCGGUUUAUUCCCACGAUCAACAAGUUUUCAUUGGUCUAUCUGCAAUUGGCUUGGUUCGUUACCAUGGUUGUCGUGGCCGCCAAAGCGCCAGUUCAUAAUGACAGCAAGUUUGUGUUCCGCACUUGGAUCAACGAGACCGGCUGGGACAACAAUGUUAUCUGCUUCAUCACUGGACUGGUCAAUCCAAUGUACUCACUUGGAGGUCUGGAUGGGAUCUCGCACAUCACAGAAGAAAUGCCCAAUCCCGGAAGAAACGCCCCUCUGGGUCUAGCUAUCACCAUGUCAAUUGCAUUCGUGACCGGACUGUCAUAUUUGCUCAGUCUGAUGUACUCAGUUCAAGAUUACAGCACUUUGGCUGCCACACACACUGGACUUCCCCUUGCUGAACUCUUUUGGCAAGCAACCUCUACAAGAGGUGGAGCAUUUGCGCUGGUAUUCAUGGUGUGGAUUGCUCUUGGACCCUGUGUCAUCGGUUCGCAGUUGAGUACCGGACGAGUAUUCUGGGCCUUUGCCCGUGAUGAUGGCCUGCCUUUGUCGAAGGUCUGGGCCCGUGUCCACCCUAAGCUGGGAUCACCAUUCAAUGCGCAGCUCUGUGUUACCGUGAUUGUCGCUCUUCUCGGAUGCAUCUACUUGGGAUCCAGCACAGCUUUCAAUGCAAUGAUGAGUUCUGCGGUGACAAUCAACAAUUUGGCCUACAUUGUGCCCAUUCUGACAAACGUUAUCCUAUUCCGUCGAACCAUGCACCGUGGCCCAUUCUUUAUGGGUCAGACGAUCGGAAUGACCGUGAACAUUGUCUCUGUGGCGUGGCUGGUCUUUGCCAUUAUCUUUUUCUCAUUCCCGUAUCAGAUGCCUGUAACCGUAACAAACAUGAACUAUACAUGUGUUGUUGUAGGCGGAUUCUUGUUCAUUGAGCUUGUUUGGUGGCUCAUUGCAGGAAAGAAGUACUCUGCGACUGUACAGCGCGCUAGAGAGGAAGGAACCAGGGAGACAGUAGUUAUUGGCGAUGGAAAGUCCGCUGAGUGA